AUGGCUAAUAAACGAAUUCUCGUCAUCGGUGGUACCGGGGCGCAGGGGUUUGCUGUUGUCAAGGCUCUACUUGAAGCCAAGGACCCGUUCACCGUCCGCGUGCUUUCGCGUAACCCCACCUCAGAAGCAGUUAAAAAGACCUUCAAGGACUAUCCUCAGGUUGAAUUUGCCCAGGGGUCAUUCAUGGACUUUGAUGCAGUUGAAAAGGCACUUCAUGAUUGCUAUGGCGUGUUUGUCAACACGGAUGGCUUCACCGUCAAUGAACCAGACGAGCUCUGGGCUGGUAUCCGAAUCUUUGAGAUUGCAAAUACAAUUCCGACCUUGCGCCACUUCGUCUACAGCAGUAUUGACUACUACCUCCGACUUACGAACUUCGACCACAAGUACGCUACUCAUCAUACAAAUGGAAAGGGUCGGGUCCAUACCUAUCUCAAUGGCAUGACAUCUCCUGCGCACCCUGAAUCAAAACUUGUUUGGUCAGUUCUCAUCACUGGUGUGUACAAUGAGGAUCUGAUGGGUGGGCCUCUCGUUCCAGUUGUUGAGGCGGAUGGAACCAGGGUCUUCAGGUUUCCACUGGGGGAUGGCCACUUGCCAUUCAUGACGCUUCAAGACUGUGGAGCUUUCGCCUUACACAUAUUUCAGAACCGAGAGUCUUGGUCUGGGAAGACUCUUCUGGGGACAAGUCAUUUCGCAACUGGGAAGGAGCUGGCUGAAACUCUGUCCCGUGUUUCUGGUGUUAAGGCACGCUACGAGCCUGUCACAAUUGAGAAGUGGAUUGACUCAUUGCCCUACGCCAGUGCACCAGUGUCGUCAAUGUAUCCAGAUGGCAUCACGGUGGGGCAAAACUUCAGCAUGUGGUGGUCUGGGUUCCAAGACAACUCUGGAGGACUGGAUUCGUGA